AUGUCCGACUCAACUUCCAAGGAGCUUGAAGCUUCAAAUCCCCGGGGUGCAGUCACUAAUCCAGUCCCUACUGCUCCAGCUGCUGAAGGCCCCACUGAUUCCUCCUUUGGUGAGCACAACCUUAGCUUCACCACCACAGACCUCAGCUUGGUGGAGAUGACAGAAAUAGAAUACACACAACUUCAGCAUAUACUCUAUUCCCAUAUGGAGGCACAAGCAAAUGAAAACGAAGCAGAAAACAGGUUAAAUUUGAACUGCUUCUCAGCCAACAACCCAGUGAACAACCCCCAAUACCUGUCGUCAUGUAAUACCAGUCAAGGUAGCGUUUCGUCAAACAGCUCCGGCAACCAGGCACUAUACCCCAUUAUCUGCCAGUCUGGUUUGGCCUCUGAUAGCAGUUUUAUGGGUCCCAAUCAGUGCCUUGGACAUAUUGACUUCCAGGAGCUGAGGAUGAUGUUGCUUAGUGAGUCUAACCUUCCUCUCAACCAAGCUGAAAAAACACCUAAUGGUAGCUCAGUUGAUGCCACCGGGCAGAGUUUAGUGAAAGGUAAACAUACUGAAAAUGUGGGUGGAAUAAACUUGGAAAAUUCAGCAGCAGGUCCGGAAUCCAGAGCCAAAUCUGCAGUCCGUGUUCGGUUGGAAGAUAGGUUCAACAGUGUCCAGACUGAAAUUCCCAGGUGCCAUGAAUCACAGGAAACGGGAGUAGCCAUUAACAAUGUAGUAACCCUCAUUCGCCAUCCUUCUGAAGUGAUGGGUGUUCCUCUCCACCAGCAGCAGAAUAAAUGUACCACAUUAGUGAAAAAUAAGACUGCUGCCACGACUACCACGGCAUUACAGUUUACGUGCCCACUGUUUAACCCAAAUGCUGCUUCUCCCGCAACUGUAAAUGCAAACCAGUUACAACAGAGCUCUGGAGCAUCUGUUUUGGAAGCUGCUAAGCAUCAAGACCUUGGCUUGCCACGAACUUUUUCUAUCUGUUACCAGCAGGAGAUUGAAGCCACAAAACAGACUGUUGGGCCUCGAAAUAAGGCUCUGCCUGAACACGUUUGGAUUAAAGUAGGAGGAGAGGCUUUAUGUAAGCAAACAAUCAACAAAAGGAGCCGCAGCCGCAUACAGACGCUGGACACGAGCCUGCAGCGCAAGCCCCUUGGUGACAUUCAGAAUGUGUGUGACAGCCAAAGCCAAAGCGCCGGGGCAGCCCAGGGUGCCUGGCAAGCACCGCAGCCAUCUUCCAGUGGCUCCGCACAGAACGGAGGCCAAGGAGGGGUCUCUCAGCGCCGGGAGAGGCAUAACCGAAUGGAGCGAGACAGAAGGCGCAGAAUCCGGAUUUGUUGCGAUGAACUGAAUCUUCUGGUUCCCUUCUGUACUUCAGAUACUGAUAAGGCAACGACUUUACAAUGGACAACAGCAUUUCUAAAAUACAUUCAAGAAAGGCAUGGGGAUUCCCUGAAAAAGCACCGCUACGCCGUCUACGCUGCUCGCUUCCACGUGGAACCCGUAAGAUGGCUGCCGCAUCAGAGAGUCUCCCAGUCUUCGACCUCUCCUAACCCUCGCUUCGCCCUCUCCUAA